GACCUGUCCCGUGUCCGGGCUCUUCACCUCCACCUCUCUCCGCAGUUUUUUCUCGGACGAAUCUCAUUGUAAACCCUCUUAGUUCUCAGCGAAGCCAAAGGGGAAAAAAAACGCUGUUGGCAGAAGCCGCUCCCCUCCCCCAUGGCGGAGAAGCCGCAGCCGGUGCGCGUCCUCUACUGCGGCGUCUGCGGCCUCCCCGCCGAGUACUGCGAGUUCGGCCCCGACUUCGACAAGUGCAAGCCCUGGCUCCGCCAAAACGCCCCCCAUCUCUACCCCGAUCUCCUCAACGAUGCCAAGGAGAAGGACGUCGACAAGGCAGCGGAGCAGCUCCAGGCGGUGGGGAUUUCCGGCGCCGGAGACGGCGGAGGUGAGGGCUCCAGUGCGAAUUCAGGCAGCACAUCAGGGUCUAAGCAAGAAGAAGUAAAACGCCUUCCUGGCGGUAAAAUAAAGAAGAAAGAGAAGCAAGAAGUUGUGAUUGAGAAGAUUGUCCGAAACAAGCGCAAGUGUGUUACUGUUGUAAAAGGCCUUGAAUUAUUUGGCAUAAAACUCAGUGAUGCUUCUAAGAAGCUUGGAAAGAAGUUUGCUACUGGGGCUUCUGUUGUUAAGGGCCCAACUGACAAAGAGCAAAUUGAUGUUCAAGGAGACAUAGCAUAUGAUAUUGUGGAGUUCCUAACUGAGACAUGGCCAGAUGUGCCUGAAUCGGCAAUUUUCUUCAUUGAAGAUGGAAGAAAGGUUGCUGCUGCUUGACUCUGCACCUGGGAGGAGCAAAGGAUAAAACACUGUUAUGUAGUUCCAUAUUAAGUUAUAUGGUGGAAUCUGCCCCUCUUUACGAUAUUGUGGCAUUUCCACAAUUUGCUUUGUUAUAAAUCAACUCCUUUCUCUAUUUUCAGAAAUUCCUGUAUUUUCCGGCUAUGUUAAAAAAAACCUGCUUAUCUGAGUUAUAAUCUCGCCGAUGCCUGCGCCGUUUUCUUUUUU